CAACUGUCCGCGUAGCAAGCGGUCCUCCAUUUCUCUUCCACUGUUACAGUCCCCACAUCUUCAACAUAGCCAGAACUGUGCAGGAUGCCGUGCAAGAAUGAAAACCAAGUUUCUAUGCGUCUAGUCGAGUAUCCUCGAAAUGGACGGGUGCUCAGGAGAUGGACGUAUGAACGAAGCUCAGAGAGGUGCUGCCCUAUGUCUCGUGAUGUCUUUUCUCAGGGGCUGUGUGGAGAGGGGUCUACAAGAACAGAAUCAGCAAGAUAUUCGUACCAUGAACGACCUGGCGCAUCGUCUCCACAAGCACACGAUUUGAAACAAGAGAGUAUAUUCAAACGAGAAAAGAAACAACAAGAAGAAGAAGCCGCCGAAGAGCGACAGACUGAGGUCAAAAGGCAACGAAAAGGAUCCAAAUAUGAUAAUGGAGAUAGUGAUCGAUGGAAAGCAACAAUUCAAAUGGGCUCAGCAGAACGUAGAAAACGUAGCAAAGAGCCAAGUGAUUUGCAAAUUAACGAAGGUGCAGCGCUGAAAGAGAUGAGCAAGUUGUAUCAGGAUUUGUUGGAAAGAUUCGAAAAUCUAAAGCAGAAACAAGAAACUCAGGUGGCUACUGAGUCUGACAGGACCCGACUACGUCGCUUAGCUGAGAAAGAUGAUAGCGUAUAUAAAAUGUUGAAAGAGCUGAUCGCAACCGUCAAGAAUGUCGCGGAAGACUUCAAAACUUGCGCUAUGCUUGCCGGUUCUUCAAUGAAACGUGCAGAACAUCACGAGCGUGAUUUGGACCAUAUUAUACUUGAACUGGAAUCGGCGUAGGCAAUGGGAGUGACAUUGAGU